UCACAUAUGUUUUUGGUCGCCAAUUUUUGUUUGUAAUUAUAAUUUAUCCAGGAAGGUGUGGAAAGUAUGGAUAAUGUCGAAGAGGCAACCGAAGCAGCCUUCAAACGGCUCCAGGCGAUCAUUCCCCAGGUGAAGCGGGCCUACGAGGAAGCCAUUGGACAGAUCUUCUCGGAUUUAAACUCCUCAGAUCUUGAAUCCUGCGCCUCCAUCCUCGAGGCGCACGAAUCCACAAGCCUGGACACAGAGCAAAUAGUCAGCAGCACCCGGCGGCUCAUGACCAAGGUCGUCCUGGAUGUCAACCAGUGCUUCUUCUCUGGCAACGACGUGGAGACCAAGCUGACCACUCUGGAAAUGCUCAAGGAGCAGUUUGCCCCCCACAAGGGCAAGAACUGGAACUUCAACAGUCUGUCUCCCGAGGAACUUACUCGCCCGCUGCGCAUGCACAACUUGGACCUGAGCAUCAAAUUCAUGGAGAAACAGCUGCAGAUCCAGGAAAAGGAACUUGAGAUUGCUAUGACCAAAAGCAUUGCAAAUCGACAGCAUAUAGAUGAUGUCAACGACGAACGAGUAAGAGUGGGAUGUAUGAUGAAGGAGCAGAUGGCCGAGUACCAGGAGUUAAAGCCUCGGUUAAUGGAAGUUGAACGGCUGAUGAAUGAGCAAGGAAUGUAAUUGUAUAAAUAAACC